CACGGCGGCGGCGGCGGCAGCGCCUCGGCCGCCAGGUGGCAGGGGCCUCGACGGCAGUGAGGAGCCAUGGCGGAGAAGGAGCGCACGCCAGAAGUCGCCGCGCCCGUCGAGAAGCCCAGCAAGGCGCCCAGGAAGACCCUGGCCACUGUGAAAGUUUUGAAAGUUGUGAAGGAGGCGCAGCUAGCUCAUGGUCUUAGGCACAAUGAUUAUCAACUUUACCGUCAGUAUUGUAGCAGGCGGAUACGACGCCUGCGAAAGAACCUUAAGCUCAUACAGGGUGACAGGAAGAACUUCAGGAAGAAGGAAGUGACAGUGAAUUUGCUGAAGGAGGAGAGGUUCCUCUUCAUCCCUCUUAUGACAAUAGAGCGUUGCUGGGCUUAUGCAAUGCAACUUAAAGAAGAAAGCCUUCAAGAUAACAGAAAAAAGUUUUCUAUGCGUAACAAGCUUAGAAAAGCUGCAAAGUAUGUUGUAGCUUUUGAGAAACUUGUGGAGGACUGUGGUGUUUGUGAUGCCAGAACACAACUAGAGGUACAGGGUUACUCAGCCUGGCUCCAGGGAACUGUCCUGUUUGAGCUGGCUGACUGGUCUUUGGAAUGGGAUAAACCAGUGGAAUUUUUCAACAAGGCCUUAGCAAUUUACAGCAAAUUAAAGGAAGCAGUGUCAGAAGAGGAAUCUGAAGUAUAUGCAAGCCGAUUACAAGAACUGGAAGUAAAGCUUAGGUUCUGCCGUCACCAUCUAGGCGACAAAAUGGCUACAGACACACUAUUAGCCAUGAGAGGAAGUGAAGCUCUUGGAGAUAAACUGGAUAAUCUCUUGGCUUCAGCCAGAGAGCGUCAAGCAUCUACCCUUAGUGAAGUAACAUGGAGAGGACGCACAUUGGCAGUAAAGCAUGAAAAGGUACGCCUGUUCUUGCUGAAUGAAGGCCUAAUUCAUGAGGAGCUAGAGAAUAUUGAGAGUGCUGAUAAGCGUGUCGAAAUGUUGGAUAAAUUGUUAAUGGAAUGUAAAGAUGCUCUCCAGUUGGUGAGAGAUGACCUGAAAAAUGAUCCUACUUUCAAACCAAGACAACAAGUGAAUGAGGGUCCUGUCUCACCAUUGCAUUUCCUACACACCUACUUGUCUUACCACCGCCUCAACCUGACAAUUUUAAGAAAUGUUGCUCUUGUGGACACUUAUCAGAAGAUCAUCUCUGGAGAAAUUAAGGUUGAAGAAGGGAAGAAAGCACCAAAACUACAAGACCUUGUGCGUCUUCAAGAAAUCAUCAUUCAGAAUCUGAAUGAGAUCACAAAUUUGGCAGGGUUGGAAGAUGACCUUCAACUGAAAAAUAGCAUUGAAGGCCAAGUGUUUGCUUAUAAGGCUCACAGGUGCUAUUUUGUUGCCGAGAGUUUUGUCAAAAUGGAGAAAUGGGCCGAAGCUCUUGUUCUAUAUGAGAGGACUUUAGCCCAUAUCAGUGCUGCCAGGAAAAGCCAACUGGAUGCUUCUGUAGAGAAGAAUUUGGAUAAAUUGUCAGCAUUGGUGGACAGUAAGAAAUUCACUGCCCAUGCUCAGGCCAUCUUGGUAUCUGAAACUGCAGUGCCUAAUAUUUCUAAACUCUCCCUUAAGGAUAAGAAGAUGCUCAUUAAUCGCCUUGAUGAAUAUGUAGAAGAUCCAGGAUUGAUCUCCAACCAUCCAAGCAUAGCCCAAGUUCCACCACAUAUGUUGUCUGUGCCAUGUAAACCUCUCUUCUUUGAUUUAGCCUUGAACCACAUUGACUUCCCCUCGCUCGACGACAAGAUAGAAACUAAAAAGCAAGCACCGGCUGCAGCCAGUGGAGGUCUUACUGGCUUGGUCAAGGGGCUGUGGGGAUGGGGCAGCAAGAAGUAGCCUUUCCUAUUGUUUUGUUGUUCAGAGUAUUUGAGAGAUGUGAAUGUUGAUUCUUUUUUGUUUGUUUUUAUUAUUUUAUUUUCAAGAUAACAGAAAAUAUAGAAAUGAAGUAAUUUUCUUUACAGAGCUUUUGGUGUGAAUGGUCAGAAUAUUUAGGCUAAAUCUCUUGGACAUAAUGAAGAGGAUUAUUGGAAAUGUGCCUUCAGCAAAAUUCCUAUUUGUUACAAUUACCAGUAAUAAAAGGUUUUUGGUUCA